CUUCUCAUCACUUUUUUCCAUCAAAAAACUUGUACGGUCACCCUGGAGAUUCCCAAAUCGUGUGUACCAAGUCUUUAUCAUGGCUCCCUCACCGUCACCAGUGCCAGCAGCUGCAGCGAUAGCGACUUCAUCGCAGACUCCGCUCCCGCACUCAUCACUGGAGCCUGAAUCCAACACCAUCAAAGAACGGCCCCGCAAGCUAUUACAAAAGAACGAUGCUGUGCCAAUGAUGAAUACCAACGGAGACGUCUUUGAACUCCCAGACUUCACUAUUGGAGACAUCCGCAAAGCCAUUCCGCCAGAAUGCUUUGAACGAAGUACACUGCGUGGAGUAGGCUACGUCGCCAGAGACAUUACUCUUCUCUCGACCAUGUUCUGGCUAUUUCACCAUUUUGUCACGCCGGAGAAUGUACCGUCAGUGGUUGCUCGCGGGCUUCUUUGGUCAGCAUAUGGCUUUUUGAAUGGCUUGUUCGGCACUGGCCUUUGGAUAAUGGGUCACGAAUGUGGUCAUCAAUCACUGUCAUCUUCCAAAAUAAUCAACGAUACUGUUGGUUGGAUCGUGCACUCGUCAUUGUUGGUACCCUACUUCUCUUGGAAGAUCUCGCACGGCAAACACCACAAAGCAACGGGGCAUAUGGAAAGAGACAUGGUCUUUGUUCCACAAACUCGCUCAGAGUUCGCCAAACGUGUCGGCACCGCGAUUGAGAAUCUGUCCGAGGUUGUGGAAGACGCUCCACUGUAUUCGUUCUUCAUGCUUUUCGGCAGACAGCUUUUUGGAUGGCCCCUCUAUCUUCUAGCGAAUAGAACGGGUCAUAACUAUCACGAUAGGCAACCGGAGGGACGUGGAAGGAACAAGACGAAUGGAUGGGGUGGCGGGGUAAAUCAUAUCAGCCCUAGCAGUCCCCUCUACGAAGCUAAAGACGCCAAAUGGAUUAUUGUCAGUGACAUUGGCAUCUUUGCGACGCUCGCGGCUUUACUGUAUAUCGGAACCACGUUCGGCUGGUAUAAUCUUGCUGUCUGGUAUUUUUUACCCUAUUUGUGGGUCAAUCACUGGCUAGUUGCCAUCACAUAUCUCCAGCAUACUGAUGCAACCCUUCCACACUACGACUCUCAAUCAUGGACGUACGUUCGGGGAGCUGCAGCCACGAUCGACCGUGACUUGGGUUUUGUUGGCAGACACCUAUUCCACGGCAUUGCUGAAACCCACGUGCUACACCACUACGUCUCUGCCAUCCCCUUCUACCAUGCUUACAAGGCGAGCGAAGCGAUUAUACCUGUCAUGGGCCGCCACUACCGUGCUAAUACGAAAGGCGGACCUGUUGGGUUUGUGAAGGCUCUGUAUACAAACUUCAGAGAAUGCCAGUGGGUAGAGCCGACUGAGGGAAUCGAAGGAGAUAUGCAGCAUGUGCUCUUCUAUCGCAACAAGAAUGGAAUCGGCGUUAGGCCUGCUACACUGCGUAACUAGGUGCACAGUGUAACAAAGGCUGCGCUCCUUGUUGCGCACAUGGUUGCGCAUCUGUGUGCAUCCGCUCAUCCUGUUUUGGUAAGCACAUUAGCGACGGUAAUCACCUGGGAAGUAUUGAUAUUGAACACAUUUGACAAGAGUUCGAAAUCAGCAGUUUCUAUUGUUCUGGUAGAAUGAAUCAAGGAAAGGAAUGUUGUCUAGUCUGGAUCAUAAUUUCUAGAGUAAUUGCAUCUAUACGCCACUGGCGGCUCUCCACAUAUCGGAAUCAGAUGGCGGAACUGGCAUCAAAAGUAAUCUGUUGGUUACCAAACC